CGGCAGAGACGACGCCCCGCCUUUUGUGCAUAGCGGCGCUUAGAGGUGCGCACCAGCGCAGUCAACGCGAGCGCAUUCCCACAACUCACUUGCGACGCUGCGGUCGAAGCGGCGCGGCGCGCGCGUAGCCCCUCGCUGAGCAGUGACCCUCUUUCCACGGAUCGAGUCACAGCGCGUGUGGGCGCCCGCGCGCACCGCGCGCAUGAGAAGAAGCCAUAGCCGUCGUCGCCGCAACCACCACAAACAAUCGACGCCCCUCCCGCGCCCGCAGGUCCAUCAUCAAAAGCGAGGACGAUGAUCGUCCAGGUCAAGACGCUCGAGGGCCGCCUCUUCAAGGUCGAGGCCGCGCCCGAGGCGAGCAUCAAAGCCGUCAAGGACAUCAUCGAGACGAGCCAGCCCGAGCUCAAGGCCGCGAUGAUGAAGUUAAUUCAUAGCGGCAAGGUGCUCAAGGACGACGAGACGCUCGCCGACAAGGGCGUCACGGAGCAGUCCUUUUUAGUGUGCAUGGUCACGAAGCCCAAGCGCGCGCGCCCGGCGCCGGCGCCGGCGCCGGCGCCCGCUCCUACUCCAGCCGCGCCGGCGCCGGCGCCCGCCGCCGCGGCGCCGGCGCCGGCGCCGGCCGCGACGCCCCAGAACGACGAGUUCGUCUCGCCCGAGGCCCUGGCCCAGCUGAACGCCAUGGGUUUCGGCCACGAGGAGCAGAGUAGAGCCGCGCUGCGGGCCGCGAUGGGCAACGUGGACAUGGCCGUCGAGUUCCUGAUGAACGGCAUUCCGGAAGAACAGCCGUCGCAGAACGUCGAGAUGACCGAGGCCCAGGCGGCGUCGCCGCUAGCCGUGUUGCGGUCGCACCCGCAGUUUGAUGAGUUACGAAGGACGAUCCAGGCGAACCCGGCGUCCUUGCAACAAGUCCUGCAGGGUCUAGGCCGGGAGGACCCGCAACUCCUCCAAACGAUCAAGGACAACCAGGCCGAGUUCCUGGCCAUGAUGAACGAGCCCGUGCAGGAGGCGCCGGCGAUGGGUGCGGGCGGUGAUGAUUUAGAUGCGGCGCAGUUCGCGCGGGCCAUGCAAUCGAUCUCGCCCCAGCAACGGGCGCAGUUGGCGGCGACCAUCGGCCUCACGCCGGAGCAGUUCGAGCAGUUUUCGCAGCAGAUGCAAAAUAUGCCGCGCGAGCAGCUGCGGCAGCUCCUGGGCGCGCUGGGCGGCGGCGGCAUGCCCCGGGGAGCUGGCGGUGGCGGCGGCGGCGGCGCGCCGCCCCAGAACGUCGUGCGCCUGACGCGCGAGGAGGCCGAGGCCGUCGGCCGGCUCUGCGAGCUCGGUUUUUCGCGCGAGGACGCGGCGCAGGCGUACCUCGCGUGCGACAAGAACGAGUCGCUCGCGGCCAACUUAUUAUUUGACGGGUUUGGGGGCGGCGGCCCGACGGCCGUCUUCCCGGACUCGCCCGCGGCGGCCGCGCCGGCGCCCGCGGCCGCGGCGCCCGCGCCGGCUUCGUCGGACGCCGCGGCGCCGGCGCCGGCGCCGAAGCCCGACGACGACGACGACAUGUACUCCUGA